GAAAACAAUCAAAACCGUAAAAAAGGUUUUAAAUCGAUGUUUAUAUUUUAAGAAUAGGGACAUAACAACUGCAUGUUAUAUUUUCUACAUUGUUUGCUCUGUUCGGUCCUUGUAGUCUCUUUUAGUCGCUUAUUUCUACUGAAACCCUCAGGUGUUUCAGGUGUUUCAUGAUCCGUCGCGAACGGAACGCCUUUUCUCCGUUUCUGUUCCUCCAUAGGCUAAAAGGAUAGUGGUUGACAUUGUGGGACCAUGCUAAAGUUCACAACUAGUUUAUGAUUCAUUUGUUCAACACCGAGCAGAGAGUUAUCAAAGAGAAGGAAGAUCAUGAGCGGGAAUCAAGAUCUCAUUUUCGAUCCCAAAGAGCAUCAGCAUCUGCGUUACAACCCGCUGAGGGACAGCUGGGUCCUGGUUUCGGCCCACCGCAUGAAGAGACCCUGGGCUGGGCAGGUAGAAAAACCACCUGAGGAGCACAUACCUAGAUAUGAUCCCCGCAACCCACUCUGCCCCGGCAACACGAGAGCCAAUGGAGAGGUAAAUCCCAGCUAUGACAGCACUUUUGUGUUUGAAAAUGACUUCCCUGCUCUUCAGCCUGAUGCUCCAGAUCCUGGAUCAGAUCAGCAUCCGCUAUUCCAGUCGAAAGCCGCCAGAGGUGUUUGUAAGGUCAUGUGCUUCCACCCCUGGUCUGAUGUCACCCUCCCUUUGAUGAAAAAAGAAGAGAUUAUCAAGGUGAUUGACAAGUGGGCUGAAAUUUUAGAGGAACUCGGUGCUACGUAUCCAUGGGUUCAGAUUUUUGAAAAUAAAGGAGCAAUGAUGGGUUGUUCGAAUCCACAUCCUCACUGUCAGGUGUGGGCUAGCAACUUCCUGCCCAAUGAACCUGCUGUGUCUGACCGCUGCCAAAGAGCAUACUAUCAGAAAAAUGGAGAGCCGCUGCUGGUGCAGUACGCCAAACAAGAAGCAGAGAAAAAGGAGCGUGUGGUGGUGGAGAAUUCUGAUUGGCUAGUGGUGGUCCCAUAUUGGGCGACGUGGCCCUACCAGACGUUGCUGUUACCACGAAGACACGUCCUCAGGAUCAAUGAACUGACAGCAGAGGAGAGAGACAAUCUGGCAGCCAUCAUGAAGCAGCUAUUGACCAAGUAUGAUAACCUCUUUGAAGUUUCGUUCCCGUACUCGAUGGGCUGGCAUGGAGCCCCAACUGGCCCUCAUUUAAAAGAAGACAACUCCCACUGGCAGCUUCAUGCUCAUUACUACCCCCCUCUGCUACGUUCAGCCACAGUGAAAAAGUUCAUGGUGGGGUAUGAGAUGCUCGCCCAGGAGCAAAGGGAUCUAACUCCAGAACAGGCUGCUGAGAAACUAAGAAAUCUUCCAGAGGAGCACUAUAAAACGAGAGAACAGUGAAAAAGAAGCACAAAGGAAAUGAAGCAAUCCCAUCAAUUCUUUAGAAGCCUUCCAACUGAAAUAUCCCUUUAAGAAAACAGAGAACAAUUGUUCAAGUGCAAGUACAGUCGCAAAGUUGCACCAACAAGGACGUGAUGCUUCACCCACACCACUGCACCUGGCGAACGUUCGCUCUCUGGAAGACAAAACAGAUGAUUUCUCUCAGCAUUAGAAACUGCCAAAUCUGCUGCAAAUCCACUGGAAUCUGUUUCUUGUGCUAGAAACUAGUUGGUAACUAAAGCUUUUUGACAUGGUUUAUUAACCUUCUGGAAGCUCCUUUUAAAUGGAGAAGCCAUGAUUUUAUGUUGUUUAUGCCAAGAAGGUGGAAACUGAAAUUGUGACUUAUUGGACCAGAAAAUAUUUUCCAAUGUUGGUGAGCCUGUGCAAACUGUACCUUUAGUUUUCCAUCAUUAGCUGACCAAUGUGGCACCCGGUUUUGGCAAUAGCUCAUGUACAGGUAAGUCCAAAUUGGUAUGUGGUUGAAAUGGUGCAAACGAUGCAACAAUCAAAGUGGUUUAAAUCUUGUUGCUCUAUA